UGACAGUGAAGCUGAACAAAACCGUGUCAGCAGAAUCGGUGAUUUUGCAGGAGGUCCUAUUAUAAACACGCCGGCGCGUUUUUAUUUAUCUAGCUGUUUAAUUAUUUUUUUUACCUGCCAGUAUCUGUCAUUAACUUUGUUUUGUUUGGGGUUUGUUAUAAGCAUGUUCACCAAAUUAAAAGAACGUUUUGAGAAGUUUCUUAACGAGAAGAACUUUGUAACAGACUGUCUCGCCAAAAUAGAGGAGAAAACGGGAAUCCACAGGCGUUAUGUCGCCACAGGAAGUGUGUCGUUCAUCGGCCUCUAUCUCAUCUUCGGUUAUGGCGCUUCCCUGCUGUGUAAUUUAAUUGGGUUUGUGUAUCCAGCUUAUUUCUCGAUUAAGGCUAUUGAGAGCAGUAACAAGGAGGACGACACCAAGUGGCUGACUUACUGGGUGGUGUAUGGUAUCUUCAGCGUGGCCGAGUUCUUCUCCGACAUCUUCCUCUACUGGUUCCCAUUCUACUAUGCUGGGAAGUGCGUGUUCCUGCUCUGGUGCAUGGCUCCAGUUGCCUGGAACGGCUCUCAGAUCCUGUACAAGCGCCUGGUCCGCCCCUUCUUUCUGAAGCACCAGGCCUCUGUGGACAGUGUGGUGAACGACCUGAGCGGCCAGGCCAUCCACGCAGCCGAGAGCCUGACGCGGGGAGUUCUGCACACUCUGGUUCAAACCAAGACCUUGCUGCCUGCAGACACAGGCCCUAAAGAACUGCCUGCCACUUCUCAACCAGACUAGUCACAGACCACGUCCUUGCCCAUCCAAAGUCGCAGUGAUUGCACAACUGAAUUGAGAACUCCGAACUCCUGCUUUAUAGACUUGAAGAAGCAAGCCAGAAAACUUGUUUGCGUGCUCACAGACUGAUAUGAACCCCUUCUUGUACCCCUGCCUCACACUCACACAAUCACCAAUUCAGAUUCAAGUUAACAGUUGUACAUCAGAUACUGUCAUGGCACACUCUUGUACUAGUUUCAGUAGCUGCAGCAGUUCAUCUCCCCUCCCCCUAUCACUUCUGUAGUGGCCUGUUGCAAUACAGAUUGACCUAAUUCAUUUUGUGUUAUUUGUUUAACCUUUAUUCAUUCAAGACUCCUACAGUUACACCUGUCCAUAUGGUACAGUCACCCGAAUAAGUAGCUGGUUAAUCACAACAAUGAAAUGAAUCCAGUGAAAGUUUAAUUGCAGUGUGUGAAAUUAACUGUUUAAACAAGAGCUCAUACCUCACACACAGACACACACACAUACAUUCACAAAGAGCUUGGAAGACUUCUUCCCACGUAGCUUUAAUGAAAAGAUUUCAGUGUAUCCAGUGAUCAGCACCAGUACCUCUCACAAGCACAGCACACAAUGCUUUCAUUCAGGGCAGAGUGUGUCCGCUCAGCAUUACCAAACACCCCCUUGUGACUUCUCACUUCUUGUCUGUCUUCUGUGUACAGAUUUCUUUUUAAUCCUAAUGGCGUUUUUAUUCAGACGGCCAGGGGAACAUUUAUGAGCUGUUGCAGCUACUGGGGGGGAAAACCUACAAACAGAACCACGAUUCCAUCUGUAAACCACAUACCAGUGAUCCUCGCUUGUGCCAGUCCAGCCCUUGAUUGUGAAUGGAGUGAAAGAGACACACCUGAGUACCACUGCUAUGUAAAAUAUGGUUUUCGCAAACAUCUCAAUGCACUGGAAUAUUCUAUAUUAUAAUGCAUAGAUUUUUUUUCAAAGUUUUGGCAGGGAAACUUCUCAAACCCCAUACAGUUCACACAGCUGUUUUAAAAAAAAUUCUAAAAAUGAAAUUCAAAAAUCGUGACAGACUUGGAUAAACUUCAGUGCUCUACAGUAUCAUUCAAGUAGUUUUCUAAUAACACUUAUAAGUACACUUUUGAAGGCACUAACUGAAACGUUUGACUACUUGACUUAGUUUCUUAGAUGUUUAGCUUGAUAUUUUUGACAGUAAUUGAAAGUUAUGGGUGAGUGUUUUAACAAUUAUAAUACUGAUAAUGAAUAAAGAAGAAUUUCUAUUAAUGGAACGUACAUGUAAAUGAAGGCUUUAUUUGCU